AUGACAACGGCUACCAACACUGACAGAGCUCCCAGAUAUAGAUCUAAUCUCCCAUCACCGCCCACCGAGAUUGUGACGCUUGCGUCACCUGCAACCCCCGUCCCCGUCACCGACUUUGAGGACAUCUUCAUGAUGUCUCCCAUCAACACCAAGGCAGAGACGGAGACUGACAACAACGCCGCUCCCAUGCCAAUGUCGUUCGAGAUCCCUUUGGGACCUUUGUCCAGCUACGGCGGCGCUCUCAAGCCAGCUCCCAAGUACAAGAAGCCGGCUACCCAGCUGACCAAGCCCAUGACUGAGCAGCCCGACUACGCGUACUUGUUCAAGGGCUAUGACGCAGAUGCUCUGGUCCUCAGGGACCAGCAAAUCAACAGCCCUGGUCAGGCUGUUGAUGGCAAGCAGCAUCAUGCUGAGCCCUCGGGUCAGUCUCCCAUUUACGGGGAGACUGACUCAGAUGACGGUGACCCGUUCAUCUACGACCACAUCCUCCUUCCCUCCUCCUCCUACCACAACACUCUCGUCGAGGCCGACCCCCCCUCUGACAACAAUUCUUUCGAGUACGGAAGUACCUUUGCUUCCGACUACGACGACGACACCUUCGAGGUUCAAGACAACAACGACGACGAUGUCGGCAGCGAGCCCGACUCCGAACCUCCCUCUUCCCCAUCUUCAGAAGCCAGCAGGCCUCACUACGACGGUGAGGCCGAUUCUGAAGACAACGAUGACGAUGAUGAUGAUGAGUCUCACGACUCUAACGACGACGACGACGGCGAUGACGAAGACGAAGAAGACGAGCAAAACAACAACGAAUAUUCCGACGACAACGAAUCCGGAGACUCCUCCUCCCGCUGCAGCGUCCUCUCUUCGCACCCCUUACUCCAACCUCCCCCCAUCUACGCCAUGUUACCCUACUUGACAUAUCAAUCGCCCCCCACCGCACCCACCAUGAUGCCUCCUGCGCCGCACAACACGCCGCUCGCUCUGCCGUCCACCGCGCCACCCAUCAUUCUACCCACCACUCUACCUACCAUUCCGCUCAACAUCCCGCUCACCAUUCUACUCAACAACCCGCGCUUCUCCAAUCUCGGAACCCUCGAGAUCCUGGACCGCCAUAUUCGCGAUAUGAUUUACGGGCUUGUGCUUGCUGACUAUCUUUCCGCGCCGUCUGAAGAACUUAGUGGCGUUGAUCCUCGCUCUGAUGUCGCUGUUCGGAAUAGUAUUGCUGAUCGCAAUAAUAUGCUUCUUGUUUGCUGGACUAUGCGUGGAGAAGUUUUGGAUUUUUUGGCGCGGCCGUUUUCGAGUUCGGGUGAUGAGUUGGAUGAUGAGUUGGAUGAUGACAUGUGA